ACACGUGAUCAUCUUUCACCAAAUCAGUCUAUGGUGAAACCUGCAGCUCCACGUCGCCCUGCCCCUCUCAUCCACCGUCCCCUUCCUUCCUCUUAAGUACCAGCCAAAACCCUACCCCUCUCCUCCUCCCACCAAGCCAGCCGCCAGCCCCACCUUUUUUUCCUCCCGGGAGCAAACCUUGCAGCAGCCUCGCCGGCCACCACGCCAUGAACACCCCGACCUGACCUGAGCACGGCCAUGGCACCGCGUCCACCUCCUCAUCAGCCCCUACAUCGUCACGGACAUGGAGCUCCAAGGCCAGCAAGCUCUUCUUCCUCUUCAUCUGCUACCCGAGCCCUUCUUCAACAUCUACCCCGGCCUCCCCUUCGUCCUCGUCGCCGGCAGCCCUCCUUCUCGUCACCGAGCACCCCAGGCAUUUGCUUCUUCCCGGAUAGGAUCACGAAGUGGUGUGGUGAGAUACGACAAGUUCUCCGGAUGUUCCUCGGCAAGCUUUAACAGGUAUGAAGAUAUGUUCGAUGAAGACGACGCUAGCAAGGUUACCCUUCCGGCUUGGCCUAGGCAGGGUUAUGGACGCCACUGGUUAUCUUCAGGACUCUAAGUCCAAUUUGUAUCUUAUCCGUACUCGGAUGUAUUUGAUCUUCUGUAUGAUUUGGAUCUUUGUAUGUAUCUAUUUGUAUCUUGACUCGUUGGAGUCGUUGUUGUAAUAUAUGUAUCUUGUGGGCUCUA